GGAAGGUACAGCCGUGUGUACCAUAUAAAUUGCGCCGAUCAAUGUGAAAGUUACCGCAGAGGUUCCCAUAUAUAAAUGGAGAGCGGAGGAGGAUUAAGCGCCGAAGAUCUGUCAACUAUCGGCGGCAUCGCGACUGUGUCGUUGCUGCAUUCCUUCAUUCCUACGCACUGGCUACCUUUCUCCAUCGUCGGCCGCGCUCAGAAAUGGACACUUUCCCGGACUCUCAUCAUCACUGCACUUGGGGCGAUUUUGCAUGUUUUUUCAACUUCGCUUCUAGGAAUAACAGCAAUCACCAUAUCAAACACCAUUGCUGGGGAGGAAACUGUGCAUAAACUUGCAUCUCUGUUGCUCAUAGUUCUUGGUGGGAGUUAUGCCAUCUUGUUCUUCACGGGAAAGGGCAGCAGUCAUAGCCAUUCACACAACCAACCCAUGGAAAAAAUGGCUGUUGCGGGGCUUGUUCUUGUGCCAGCUUUGUCUCCUUGUGCAACCACUCUGCCCGUUUUUCUUGCUGUUGGGAAUUCAUCUUCCAUGCUGGUGCUUGCCAUUAUAGUUCUUCUAUUCAGCACCAUGACGGUAAUGACCUCGCUGGUUGCACUGUCAUUUUACGGUGCGAGCCAGCUCAAGUUUCAUUGGGUGGAGCGCUAUGACAAGCUCCUCGUAGGUUCGGUCCUAUGUGUGGUUGGGAUUUUAACUCUCAUCUUUCAUGAUCACAAUCACGGUGGAGAUGCAGCGGCUUCGGCUGCAGACAAUCUGCAUAGAAAACUAAUUGUGUUGUGAGAUUAUUAUAUCCUAUUUAGUUCUUGUUUUCAAGUACUAAACAAGUCACAGUGCAGCUCAACCAAUAGUCCAACAGUAGUGGUAUGUUUAUAAUGUAAAACUACCCCCAGCUUUUUGUUUAUUUUAUUACUUUAUCAAUAUAAAUACGGAGUACAAAACCAAUGACGGGCGAGCUUGGUACUAUGGUACAUUAACAUUAAAAUAACGUCAUAUUGUGAAUAAAAGUGUUGAGUUGUGAUCUGGGAAAAGUAGCUUGUUUGGGUAAUUUGUAAUAUAGUGGUGUCGUUUGUGAAUGUAGAGUUGUAGACUGUGAUGUAUAACUGAUUGAGGUCAAAACGUGACAUGAAAGUUUGGGGGGCGUUUCAAUGUUUAAACACACACAGACCCCCCACCCCACCCCACACACAUACAUAGAGUAAGGAUCAUAUGAGAAUCUCAUCUUACGAGAGAAAUGAGAAUGAUUCUAGAGCGUUGGAUUUGGGUAUUGUGCAUCUUGUAAAACAGAAAUGUGUAUAGAAUACAAUGGGAAAAUGUGCAUUUCAAUUGUGCAAAAGUUUAAACGUAAAUGUGCAUAUUUGAAUUUUGCACUACUUUAAUU